GUUAUUGCGAAUUCAAGAUUCACAUUGAUUUUCACUUUAUCAGGGGCACACGUUGCCGGAGUCCAAACCAACCUGAAUCCGGUACCAAACGGAUAUUCUUCCACUUCAAAGCGGGCAUAAUUUGUUAUAUCAAAUUCAGAAAGCUACCAUCCAUUUCCAUUCAAGGAGGAUGUAUUCAGUACUGAGUUUAUUGUGGAUUCAAUUUCUAAUAGGUUAGGUUGGAGCUUACCAGUUGAUAAUGCCAAACAGCUUGAUUUCAAAGCUGUGGUGUUAUAAAAUCCUCCUAUAAGUAAAAAUAGAGAACUUGCUUAUUAAGAAAGACAACGUGAAUUAUGGUAGCUAGCAAGUGCCUGAUUCAUCCAUGAUCGAAGUGACUAACAAAUGAGCCAUUUGCCAUCCUUCGUCAUUUCUGCAAAUACAGUUUGAUUUUUGUCUAUUGAACUAACUGUUCAGUUCCUGCGAUUCAUUCUGUCCACCUACUAAAUCAGCCACGUGAUCUUAAAAAAGAGAGUUUCCUUCUUCUAUGGGACUUUGUUGGGCUUGAUCUUGGGCAUAGUAUAAUCCAGCCCACACAAUUUGCUCAUUUACAGCUAAACGCCUCAACCCCAAAGGUCUAUGUCUUUUUAGUUUCCGCUCUACUCUUCAAACAAACCCUACUCUUCAAGGUGAAUGAUUUUGUGAGUGAGAAACGAAGACAAUUGAUUAUAUAGAGGAGACAUGGCAAGCCAAGCAUCUUUUAAUGGCAACGUGAAGAAAGCAUUGGCUGGCCUCAGAAGAAUCAGUCUUGAAGGUUUGAGAUGGAGAGUAUUUGAUGCUAAAGGCCAGGUCCUUGGAAGAUUAGCAUCUCAAAUUUCAACAGUAAUUCAAGGCAAGGAUAAACCUAUUUAUGCUCCAUAUCGUGAAGAUGGAGAUAUGUGCAUUGUGAUUAACACAAAGGAUGUAUCUGUUACGGGGAGAAAGAUGACGGAUAAAUUUUAUCGCUGGCAUACUGGUUAUGUGGGAAAUCUCAAGGAAAGGAGUUUAAAGGAUCAGUUGGCUAAGGACCCUACAGAAGUCAUUCGCAAAGCUGUCUUGCGCAUGCUUCCUAGAAAUAAAUUACGUGAUGAUAGAGAUCGGAAACUGAGGAUUUUUGCUGGAAGUGAGCAUCCAUUUGGUGAUCGGCCCCUUGAACCAUACAUAAUGCCUCCUAGAACUGUACGAGAAAUCCGGCCACGUGCCAGACGGGCCAUGAUCCGAGCACAGAGAAAGGCUGAACAGCAAGUACGGGGUGCCAAUGAAAUGAGGAAAGGCAGGAAGAAAGAAGUUGAAGCAGAAGUCGCCCAAUGAAAUUUGGGAUAAUGAUACAGGAAAAGAAGAGGAUAUGACUAGAUGCAACUUUGAAAGAGAUAGCAUGUCUUUCUCUUGCUGGUCUUUCCUUUUGUUCGUCUAUAUUUAAACACCAUAAAGUAGUCCUCGAAAUUAAUUCAGUUUUUCAAACAUAUUGGGAAUGCAGUCCUUGAGGUCUUUGAAGGUGAGUGCAUUCCUUGGGUAUCUGGAAGUGAGUGCCUUCCUCAUAUGAUCUGAAAGUGUGAUAGGAGGGAAAAUGGCCCUAAUUGAUUUUGUGCUUGUUGGAAAUUAUGUAAAAAACUUUGUGGGAAAGUUUCUGCCUAGAAUGCAAUGCUGAAUUUCCAUGA